AUGGGUGGAGACGAGCACCAGAAUCUCAGCGAGGAGGAUCAAAGGCUUCUCAACGAAGCGAAAGCCAACAGAGAUAAUCCGGACCAUCCUGCCCACAAGGACCACCCAGAACAUAAGCACUAUGUCGGGGACCUAGUCAAGCGGUUCGGCCACUCUGUCAUCUUUGGUGCCGGUGCGACGGUUGGAAGCAAUAUUGUGAAUGGAAUCUUUCAUUAG